GAGACGUCCCAGGCGGCCCCCCUGCUCGAGCAGCCGCAGCCUGCAGCCGGGAGCGAAACCCGACGGGGCGCUUUAAGCGGAAGCGGGGUGGAGGCGGCCGGGCCCGCCCAGGGCCACCUGCGGGGAGGACGAGGAAGCAGGAAGUUUCAGACCAGCAGCAAAGUUCCAGGGAGCGGCUGCCGGGGGGCCUCCGAGACGAGCCAACAGACGACGGCCCAUGGAGCCUGGCAGCAAAAGUGGCCCUGGGAUGGCCAACAACCAGGUGAAGAACCUCCAGAAUGAGGUGGAAGGCGUAAAGAACAUAAUGACACAAAAUGUGGAGCGGAUCCUGGCUAGGGGCGAGAAUCUUGACCACCUACGCAAUAAGACAGAGGACCUAGAGGCUACGUCAGAACAUUUCAAGACUACCUCGCAGAAGGUGGCGCGCAAGUACUGGUGGAAGAACGUCAAGAUGAUCGCCAUAAUCUGUGUCAUUGUUGCUAUCAUCCUCAUUCUGAUUAUCCUCUUUGCUACUGGCACAAUUAAAACUUAAGCCUUCUUCCUGCCCUUGGAUGUUCUCUGUUGCCCCUGUAUCUUCUGUACCACCUUUCCCCUUACUAGCUGAAACCUCCCACUGAACCACUUGGCCGAGUGCCACCGUCAAAGGGUUUGGGGCAUACCCUGAGGAUGCUGACCUCACUUGUUUCCACAUUGUGCAGAGGGGUAUCCUAUCACCCUCCCUGCUGCUCCACUGUUCCUUUCCUUGGCCUCACAACAAUAACAAGUUGCACUACUAGGCAGUAAAAACUUCUCUUGCCCCGAGCCUAGGAUUCCAAAGCUGCCUGGGCCUCACUGAACCACAGGGUACAGAUCUUGGUUUCUGUGCAAGCUGUUAAUCUUGAUGCAGGUCUCCGUCAAGCAGUUCUUUCCCCCUUCCUCACACCUCCCCCUUGGCAUGCUAAGUUUCUGAUUCGAGGGGUCAUAAUCUUUUCUCAUUCCUUACUGGAAGGCCCAUGUGUAGAUCUAAUAUCCGAAAUCUUGUAGGGGGGUUGGGGUAUGUGUACAGAGUUGCUGUAAUUAUAGUGUCAUGGAAUAGGGGAGGAUUUCUGUCUUUCAGAAAUAAAAUGGGAGGGCAUUACUGAUAUGUAUCUGUCUUCUAGUCUCCUAUGAACAAUUAUGGGGAAAAUCUUUGGUUAGGCCACUUUUAAAAAAUGCAAGAUGAUGGGUUUUUUCUCUCUUUCUUAAAUGUGUUUUGAAUUCCUACUUCCUCCUGAGCUGCAUAGAGUCCUGGAUCUUGAUCUUAAGCAUGGAAAGAGCAGGUGUUUCUCCCAGAGUUGCAAUUACCUGGUUCUCCUGGGAGAAAGGCAUUUUUUUUUUAGUGUUCCUCUUUGUUUUUCAGUCCCUGACCCCCUCAAGAAAAUAUGCUGUUCUCUUGAUUUGAGUUUUUACUGUGAUUGCCUUCCUUGACCAAGCUUUUCUGAUUCUUUAGAAGUCUUCACUGUAAUGGAUAUCUCCCCCCACCCCAUCCCUACCUUCAGCAAAGAUUUGGUAGCUGUAAUAAAUGUAUAUAUAGGUCGCUGGCUAAUACAGAAGUCUGUUUAGAAGAAA